GAUGCUGCUGCUACUCCACAGACCAUCACUGAUCUACCACCAAACCAGACAUGAUGAACAGUGUUACAGCAUAACGUUCUCCAUGGGCUCUCCAGACCCUUUCAUGUCUGUCACAUGUGCUCAGUGUGAUUCUGCUCUCGUCUGUGAAAAGCACAGAGUGCCAGAGAUGGUCAACUCUGGCAUUCUAUGGCAAAUUCCAAUCAGGCUCCACUGUACCAGGCAGUGAACACAGAGCCCACAAGAGGACGUCAGGCCCUCAGGCCACACUCAUGAAGUUUGUUUUUGAUUGUCUCGACAGAGACCUUCACUUCACUGGCCUGCUGGAGGUAAUUCUGUAGCUCUGGCAGUUCUCAUCCUGUUCCUCCUUACACAAAGAAACAGUUACGGUCCUGCUGAUGGGUUUAGGCCCUGUCCAGCUUCUAGAAUAACUGCCUGUCCCCCUGGAAUCUCCUCCAUGCUCUUAGACUUAGACUGAGCAAAUAUUCUGGCAAUGGCACAUAUUGAUGUGCCAUCCUGGAGAAGGUGGAUUGCCUGUGCAACCUCUGUAGGGUCCAGGUAUCAGCUGUUGAUAUCAGUAGUCACACCGACCCUAGACAAAUGCAAAACUAGUGAACAAACAGUCAGAAAAAACAAGGAAGGAAAAGUGUCAGUGGUCUGUUUAGGACACUGUCUCAUUGUUGCUCCUCUAGUGCACCUGUUGUUAAUUUCAUUAACACUAAAGCAGCUGAAACUGAUUAACACCUUCCUCUGAUCAAUAUCCCAGAAGUUUUAAUGAUAUCAGCUGCUUAUUUGACUCAGAAAAUGUACAGGGCAAAGUCACACCUGGCCUCAGGCCACAGUGUUUGUUGCUCUCAUGUGAUUUUUAUGUACAUAGCAAGGGAGGAACUCAAAUCAUGGCUCCCUUAUGAACAAAUAGACUUCACACUUUAUUAGAAAAGAAGUGAAAAAGAUAUGUAUGCAUGUGAAUCCUUACUUAUGGACUAGCCUAUUUGAAUAUUUGACAAGAUCCAAAAACUUACAGUGAGGAUCUUGUGCCUGUUGUCAAAAAAGGAAGCUACAGUAGUCAUUGUUAUGCCAAUAUCAAUGUUUAUCUAUCAAUAUGUUAUUUAUUUUUUUAAACUAAUUUCUAUUUUUGCCAUUUCUAUGUUUCACUUUUGGAAAAAGGGAAGGGCAAGCUGCUUACUGAGCUCAGGCAAAGGUAAUCACAUGCUUGCAGUAAUCAUUCAGAUUACAGGAAAUCUGCGGAGGUGUUACAUAACUUCACCUGUCUACGCCUAUGUGCUCAGAGCAAUUAAAAGGGAAGUGUGAACUGCGACCCUGUUCCUAUACACGUAUACACAUUUCCGACCUGACUGUAUAGUUAUGUGAGGUGGAGCCCUUUAAAAGAGAAAGGACAGUGGCAUUUACAGUUUCCUUCCCUGAAUGAACACCUCACUCCCUUCAGAGUGUACUGAUUGACCAAAAUGGCCCCUGAAACACUGCAAACGGUCCACAGCAGCAUUUCUCCAGACUCUUCAAAGCAAAACUGAACUUCAGGCAAAAGCACAUCUGCCUGCAACACAGACGGACACUUCAAGUUUCAAGUGACAACACGAUGGUUCAGUCGGACAUUCGGUACACCAAAGUGCGAUGGCUAUUAACCAUCGCUGGAGUCUUCCUGUAUGUCGGGGACAUUUGGACAGACAUUGUACUGGCUGUGAAAUAUUUUCAAGAGGAACAAUACGUCUGGACUGGGUUCACCGUAAUGUUUAUUCUGAUCGGGCUACUGGUUACUCAGAUCUUCAGCUAUGCCUGGUAUUGGGAUGACUUGAAUGACCCUCUCUUAAACCCUGAAGGAAAAAAAGAAAUAUCAGACAUGUCAAAACCUGGGCUUGUUGUCCUGCAUGCAUUUGGCUUGGGCAUCUUUACCAGGUAUUACCACCUGCUGAAAGAGGGUUUCCAAGUGGUUUGGACGAAAUCAAAUGGCGAUGGGGUGGAUAAGCUGAGGGAAGUUCACAAGAAGCUUUUUUGCGUGGCCACCGAUCUGAGCAUGCUCAAGCUCUUUGAGACUUUCCUGGAGAGUGCCCCCCAGCUCCUUUUACAACUUUACAUAUUACUGGGCCACAAUGAGGUCUCAGUCAUGCAGUGUCUAUCUGUGGCCUUCUCCUUCUGUAACACUGCCUGGUCACUGGUGGACUAUCGGCGCUGCCUGCGGAGAUCUCUCCCCCAUAUCAGGGAAAUGCCCUCUGGCCUCCCCACAGCAAUGUACCUCCUCUACAAAAUUUGUACCAUCACCAGCCUCAUUCUAAGCUACAGCCUCCUCCUCAUACUGAGUAUCUACACUACAGUAGCACUCACUGUCCUCUGGCUGCUGGCAACAAUAUGGACACACUUGCUUGAAACCAAAUUCUGCUCAGGCAGAAGCCUGGAGUUUCUCUACAGGGCAGUUGUAGGAGUCAUCCUGACAUUCACAUUUUUUAAUGUGAAAGGACAGGACACAAAAGUAGCCAUGACCACCUACUACAUUUUCUACACUGUUAUUAACAUUAUGUCGCCGUCAUUGAUGGCUUUGUUAAAGCCGGAGCUGCAAACAAGCACUUUGCUGCUGACAAUCAGCGGUUUAAUCUGUGGAUGCUCAGUGCUGGGACUGGUGUGCCUCAUUUUGUAUUACGUCCAACUGCACCCCAGAAGGGUGCAGUGCGAAGAGGAUGAGGUGGACGGCCUGGGAAAGGAAACAAAGUCACUUGCAAGGAUCAAGAACUUCUUGAAACCUUAAUGAAGAAUUUCUUUUUCAAAUUAGCGUGAAAGGGUUCAAAAAGACACGCACAGGUUCAACCGGCCUAACGAUUUCACACAGAGAUAAAAUAAAGGAGCUUUUAGAGGUUUUGAAGGUACCAUUUGCACUAUUGGUGGCUAGCUAGACGAUAAUAUAUGUGGUUGAAUGUCUAUUUUAUUUUUUUCUUUACCUAUUUAUUCUUACAAUGUGCAAUAAAGCAGGUAAUCUGCAAAUAUUAAUGAAA